AUGCACCUGAAAUCUCUCCUCUGCAGGUGUCUCCAGCACCGCGGGAUCCCCCUGCACACCACACCGCCUCAGAGAGCUCGCAUGGCGGCCUCAGCGCUUCCCACGGGCUCCACUAUAACCAGGGGCUACUACGACUCUGGCAAGCCGGAGAGGAGCGCAGCAGCCCGGGUAGUGGACCUCCGCAGCGACACGGUGACCAGGCCUGGAGCGGAGAUGCGCCAGGCCAUGUCCGAGGCCGAGGUGGGGGAUGACGUGAUGGGAGAGGACCCCACGGUGAACGAAUUACAGAAACUUGCGGCUGAAACGUUUGGGAUGGAAGCUGCUCUGUUUGUGCCCACGGGAACUAUGGGAAACCUGAUUGCAGUGAUGGUGCACUGCAGAGAGAGAGGAGACGAGGUCAUAGUCGGGGAUAAGUCACAUUUACAUAUUUACGAGCAAGGAGGAAGUGCACAGUUGGCUGGUGUCCACUCCACCACACUGAUCACUCUCCCCGAUGGAACCUUCGACUUGGACCAACUAGAGUCCAAAAUCCGACACGGUUUUCCUGAUCCUCAUUAUCCGCGCUCCAGACUCAUCUGUGUGGAGAACACUCACAACAUCCAGGGAGGACGCGUGCUGCCGCUACACUUCCUGAAGGAGGUGCGCAGUGUAGCGGAUAAGUACGGUCUGAAGGUUCACAUGGAUGGAGCUCGCCUGAUGAAUGCUGCGGUGGCUCUGGGAGUCUCUGCUAAAACGAUUCUCCAACACACACACACAGUCAGCGUGUGUUUGUCCAAGGGUUUAGGAUCACCAGUUGGCACUAUUUUGGCCGGUCCGAGUGACUUCAUCUCCAGAGCGGUGCGAUGUCGGAAGGCCUUGGGAGGAGGCAUGCGUCAGUGCGGAAUUCUAGCUGCAGCCGGAAAACUGUCUCUGCUGAAGAUGGUGGACAGACUCCAGGAGGACCACAGGAACGCCAGGACCUUUGCUCAAGCUUUACUCGAUUGCUCCUCUGACUUCUUCCACGUGGACCUGUCGGCUGUGGAGACCAACAUCUUGCGCUUCAGACUUUGUGCUGAUUUGGCCCCGGCUGAGUUUUGUGCGCGUAUGUCUAAUAUCCACCAGGGGGAGCAGUCGGCGAUGGGACAGGCGGUGCAGGUGCUCAUGUAUCCGCACUUUGAGAACUCUGUGAGAGCCGUGUGGCAUCUGGACAUCUCCGGUGAAGACACUCAGUGGGCCAUAAAGAAGAUGAACUAUUUAGCAGCACAACUAAAGGAGGAGAGGAAAUCCACUUGA